AUAGAGAGGCGCGUUGACAGUGGCGAUAAUAGUAAUAAAGUUGUAGCGAUGUCACGGACGUACAAUUUGUUGACAGGACGCAAUUAUUUAUCAGCAUUCAAGGCGGGAAAAGAGUUUGCGAGGUCUUAUGUUGCUAAUACGACAUUCGAGAGCGAAAAAUAUGUUGAGAGCGACGAAACAAAUGGGGUCAGAACGAUAACUCUGAGCCAUAAUGCCUCCAGAAAUUCUUUGUCCUUGGAAAUGAUGAAAAUUUUAACAUGGAAUAUAGACCGUGAUGCUGAUAAAGAAUCAUUGAGAGCAAUUGUUAUUGCAGCGGCGCCUGGAAAAAUAUUUUCAGCGGGUCAUAAUUUAAAAGAACUCACAACAGCAAAAGGUAACAAACAUCACUAUGAAGUAUUUGAAACAGCUUCAAAUUUAAUGAAAUCAAUAGCCAACUCACCUGUUCCUGUGAUUGCUGCCGUCGAUGGUCUAGCAGCAGCAGCCGGAUGUCAACUUAUCAGUUCUUGCGAUAUUGUUAUUUGUACUGAAAGAAGUACUUUUUCUACACCUGGAGCGAACUUCGGAAUCUUUUGUUCGACUCCAGGGAUACCAUUAGUACGUAACGUUCCUAAAAAAAUAGCAUCACAUAUGUUGUAUACUGGCCUUCCUUUAUCUGCUCAGGAAGCUUACAAUGCUGGGCUUGUCAGCAAAGUCGUGUCUAAUGAUCAACUUUCUGAAGAGAUAAAAAAAACAACUGAUGCAAUCAAAGCUAAAAGCCGAUCGGUAGUACAGUUAGGAAAGAAAUUUUUGUUUGAACAACAAGAACUUGAUCUUUGCUCGGCUUACUACUACGGUACUGAAAUAAUGGUGCAGAAUUUGGAACUAAAAGACGCUCAGGAAGGAAUUAAAAGUUUUAUUGAAAAACGUAAGCCUGUUUGGAGCAACAAGUUCGAUAAAGACGAAGAUAUUAAUUGAUUAUUAACGAAUUAACUUCUGGGUGAUACAAAUUUUACAAUCAGAAGUUUUUUAAAUAUUUUUUGAUAAAGUCUUUCUAUCAAGGCUGUGAUAACUGAAAUUAAUUAUAAAUAUUUAUUGUUAGUUUGUAUAAAUAAUUAUUGCGAUUUGUUUAUUGGAAUUUCAAGUCCAUCAAACAAAGUUUAUUGAAAUUUAUUUUUCAACUCGAGAGAUUACUAAAUAAUAAAGAUAUUCGCGGAGAGAUCGAGUGGAAAUAAAAUAAAAAGUAUUUACUUUUUGAAAAUUUUAAAGCAAUAUUUUUUUAUGACUGCCACUGGUAAUUUAUAGUAUAGUAUAAAGACUGUAGUAAUUAUUUGCUGUAAUUAAAGCUGCUAAAGAUGAAUUUCCAUUCUGUCCGAAGUACAAUGAUAAGUAGAGCGAUAAAUCCCUCAUAUGCACGCAUACUCUCUAUGGAAAUAUAAUGCAUGACCCCAAAUUAAUUAUGUCUCGGCAUGAAACCCUGAUAAUUAUAAAUAUUUUAAGUCGAAACAGGAACCUCGGAUCUUUGGGGGGUCGGUAAAUAUCAAGUUUGUUAUUAAUUGAUAACCCCGAUCUCAAAAAAAAAAAAUAAAAAUCUACGCAACACAAAGAGAGUCGCAGAAAAAUAACGGCCUUGAAUAUUGCACUGGAAUUUUAAAAAAAUUUUAAAUGAUUGUGUAAGUGAUAAUUAUCGGAUGUUAAAUUAAGAUUUUAAAAUCUAGU